GCCCGUUGCUUCACCGCUGAGAGAUAGAUCUCAUCCUUCUGCAUGUGUUGCCCAUUCACGUCCUUGUCAGUGAUUGUGACUGUCAGACAUCAGGCGAAUAGAGUCUCGCUGUUGUUUUCAAUCUGCUGGAUCCAUCAUCACGGGAUGCGAGACCAUCAUGUCAAGCUCCUGUGACACCCUAUGGUUUCGUUUCCCCACCCACGGUGACUCCAUCCUCAGAAAAAUCAACGCUCUAAGGGAGGAGCAGUGUUUCUGUGAUGUCACACUCCUCCUUGGGGGUCCACAAGGCGCCACUGUUCCGCCUCUCCAAUUCCACGGUCACAGAGCAGUGCUUGCAGCGUCCUCAGACUUCCUACGUGACCAAUUCCUGCUCCACAAAGGCCGGGCCAAGCUGAGCGUGGGAGUAGUAUCCCGUGUGGAGGUUGGCAAGAGACUUCUCCUGUCCUGCUACACCGGGCUCUUAGAGGUCCCUCUGAGAGACCUGGUGAGCUACCUGACCGCUGCCAGUGCGCUCCAGAUGAGUCAGGUGGUGGAGAGGUGUGCCCAGGCCAUCUCGCAGUACCUCGGUCCCACGCUGGCUUUCUUAAAACCAGAGAGACACUCAGAGGAGAAGGACACCCAGCAGCCAGACAACCACCAGCCAGGUACCAGCUUCAGAAAUCAGGAGGAAAGGGAUGCGGCCCAGCCCAGCACCAGCAUCCAGGAAGCAAGUACGGAGGAAGAAGGGGCGGUUGUGUUUCAGUCCAAGUCGAGGUUCAAUCAAGGAGCCAAGAUGGAUGGUCAAGGACUGAGGGGGUUCAAAGAUGAUAGUGGGCUGGUUAUAGCUAAAAUAGAGUUAUCUGACGAUGCAGCAUGCUGCCUAGAUACCCUGAAGUCAGAGGAAGAUGGAGACAUGCAGCCUGUUAACACAAACAAGCCACCCUAUCAAGUUCAGCACGUUACAGGUGCACUGAGAAGUAAGCUGCACUCUCCUACAGCUUUCCGAGAUCAUAUAUCACCCACAACCAGAGGAAGUUCUGCUCAAUGCGAAAAGUUGGUGGACAGUUCCCAGAACCAAGAGGAAGAAGCAGAGGUGGAGCAAAGCGAAGAGGAAGAACUGUUCUUGCUGGAAGCUCAACUACAAGAAUGUGGCGAGCUGAUGGACUCCCAUUUGUUUUGCCUCUCCGGAGCACGUCUGCCAAAGAGUCGUAGCUCCGGAGAUGAGCUGACGGAGGGCUCAGACAGCAUAUUGAUCCAGAGGCCGUACCUGUGCAGGAGGUGUGACAGAGUCUUCCAGCACCGGGAGAGCUACGUGGGCCACCUGAAGCAGCACAGACGGUACUUGUGUUUGGUCUGUGGGAAAGGCUUUCCCCAGCGGGUUAACCUGGCCCGCCACAUACGCGUCCACACUGGGGUCAAGCCUUUCCGAUGUCCGCUGUGCCACAAGACAUUUUCCCAAAAGGCCACGCUGCAAGACCACUUCAAUCUGCACACAGGGGAUAAGCCCCAUAAGUGUAAAUACUGUGCUGUGCUCUUCCAACACAAGCCAGGCCUCAGGCGUCACCUGAAGGACAUUCAUGGUAAGAGUAGCCUGCAGAACACGCUCGAGGAGGCUGUGCACUGAUGAUAGAUGAGCUGUUGUGGCAGAAAUAUCAUUAAUGUGGGGUUCUUUAUAGUUGAUAGAUCUAUAUAACUUUGGAAACAUGUCAAAAAAGGUUUAUCAGGAAGCACUUGACACUGACUUGCAGGGUAAUAAUUUAGAAAAUGAUCAAAGUACAGGGGAGCUCACUUUGUGCUACAUCAGUGUCUCCCGAUCAACGAGUUAAUGCAUUUGCCCUGAAACAUUUGGCUAAUGGAAAGAAGUAAAUUUCCUUCUGUGCCUUCUGCAGCUUUCUCCUGAUCUCUGCCCUGAACUCCAUUAUGCUAUAUCUUCUGCCAUGUAUAAUAGUGAAUACAAUCUCCUACGGGUUGAGUUGGGCAUCGUUUCAAACACCUUUAAAAGUGCUCCUGCAUUUUAUAGGGUGAACAGCCAACUAAACGUGUCUGUGUUCCCUCUGCAAGAAUGUUCUGCUUUACCAAGAAGAUAAGCCAUAAUUAACUAUAAAAGAGAGUUUUAAGACUGGAAAUUAUACAAUGAACAAGUUAACACUGCUUUAAUUGCUGCAACAAAAUCUAGAGAAAAUAGUUUACAUGAUAAAAAAAAAAUCAAAUGCUUUUGUCGACUAUUUCUUUGCUGAAUUUUCUGGAUGGACUGAAUCCUGCAUACUGCCUGCUGGGGUUCACAGACAACCAUCGCUUCACAAUUUGACCCAACUGAAAUUCUGUGCAGCUCUCUGAGCAUCACGCUAUAAGUGAAUGGGUUCUCCCGCAUGGCUGAGAGGGUUUCCAAGCUCUCUUGCUCCAUCCUUACCCUCUGCAUCUCUCCCUCUCUCCUUUCGGCCCAGAAAUGUAAUCGUCACUCAUCUCAGUGAAUGGGACGGUUGUUGUUGUCCUCCUCCGGGCAUUCGAGGUGCCACUGGCUUGAAAUUGUCUUGAAAUUUGCAAGUCUGUGGGCAGACAAAUGAUUAACGCAUGGUAGGGUGUGUGUACAGAAAAUAAUGUAUGAGAAUGUGUGACUAAGGAAGACAGAGAAUACAUAUAAAUAUAUAGUCAAAGAUAUACCAAAGCAUGUAUAUCCCCUUGCACUGAAUAGACCUUCAUCAGAAUAUAGCACAUGCAUGUCUGUGUGUGGCAUUCUGGGCACCUCCAUUAUGAAUGAGAGACUAAGAGGUAUAACAUGUAAGGGGGGGGGGGGGAAGGCCAAGAGGAAGAUGGAAGAGCAGUGGUAGAUACAGAGACAGGGAUGAAAAGAGUGAUACAAGUAAUUGGAA